AUGCAGCACGUCUGGGCAUCACGGACGUUUCUAGGAUCAGGCGCAACGAGAUGUUACGGCGUCCUAGCCAAUGGCAACAGUAAGAGGGGAAUUUCGACCUUCGUCGGCAAACCUUCCGGCACUGAUACAAAGCAUUCAGUAAAUACUGAAGAAUCUGAGCUGUAUGAAGGCAGAGAUGCGUUGCCUUCCACGGGAGAAUGUUACGAAAGCCUAUACGCUCUAAUAGAGGAACACAACGGUACCACCAAGGGUAUACUACAGAAGAUGCUGCCGGUGGAAUUCAUGCGUGAUGUGUUGACUAGCAUUCACGAUGCUACGGAUCUAUCAUGGGCCGCAACUAUUACAAUGCUCACGCUGUCACUGAAGGUCUGUUUCGUACCCCUCUGGGCAAUGGGUGAACGCGCCAGGAGAAACAAUGCGCACCUCGUUCCUAUUGCUUUGGAACUGCAAGAAAAACUCAAGGAGGCACAAAAAUCUGGAAAUGUCAAGCAAGCUAUGGAGAUACAGAGGGCAUUGUACAAACAAAUGACAAGGAAGAAGUUUCUACAAGGCGCGGCGCUUCAACUUCUAGCAGCCGGCACACAAGGGUUGACCUUCGCUUGGGUAUACGGUGGUCUCAAGAUGUUCGCCAUCGAGCCUCGAUAUUGCCCGGGGUUUGUGCUGGAACACCCUAUGUGGCUAGAAAGCCUAGCAUUACCGGAUCCAUACUACAUAUUCCCAGCCACCCUGUGCAUCCUUAUGACGUUGAUAUAUGAGAUGAACCGUCGAACUGCGGAACAAAUGCGCAAAUCAUCGGGAGCUAUGAGCGCAGCGAUGCUAGAGCAGGAAGUGCGACAGACAAAGAUGAAGUACUUCACCAGAGCAGCCAUAGCUGUGUUCGCGUAUUUCAGCUGUAACAUGACGUCGGGUACAUUCUUCUAUUUAAUACCCUCUUUCGUGUUUCAAAGCAUUCUGCGGUAUGCCAGCCAGGGGGUCGGGGUUGCCAAAAUUCUAAAAUUGCCGAUACCAGCACCACAAAAGGUGACCAAGAUGGAAAACAGGCAUUUUCAAAAGGUCAAAGGGUUUUAA